AUGAACAAUGACGACGUCAGCGAGGGCAGCCGCGAGCUGGUGGAUCUCAGUGCUGAGGCCAUCAGCUCUUUGGGCAUCCACCUCUCGCAGAUCGGUCAGAUCAUCUCCAAGUCCUCGAUGCCGCCGAACAAGGGCGACAGAAGCUGCGCCUUCAAGCUCAAGGAGAAGCUGGAGAUGUACCAGGUGGCCGCAGCUCACUGGGACUGGGUGAUACGCUCCAAGCCCGCAGAAGCCGGCGACUCCGAUCUGAUGGCGGCCAAGCGCCGAAGAACGCGAAAGCAGGGCGAUUCAGUCGGAGAGGGCGAGCAAGGUGGAACCAAGAAGUACCGCCAGGCGAAGGAGGACGACACCGUGGAGGUGCUCUGCUUCAGCUGCCGCCGCGCCAAGGACUCCACGGUGCAGCGGCCGAUGACCGCCUUCCUGAAGAAGGCGCCAGAAGCCGCAUGUGUCAUCGAUCUAUCAGAGCCUGCUGACCCGUCGAUCUGCGCUCGUUGCCGGCGGCCGCUCUGGAAAAAGCUGCCGCGAUACCAUGCCGCGGACGAUGCCUUGAAGGGCGUGGGAGAGCUGCCGCAGCUCGCGCGGCUUCGCGCCUACCGCCGCACAGCAGAGAGGCAGGGUCUGCCCUUCACCAUCUCGGAGCGCAGCGCUUGCGCGAUGAUGCGGCGCGCCUGCCUCGGCUGCGGCGCUGCGGCGCCCUCCCGGGGCCACGGCCUCACGCGGCUGCGGCGCUGGCCGAAGCGAAUUCCCCCCGCCGCGCGGCCGGCGCGGGGCGGCUUCAUGGGCCCCUACGACGAGGAGAACCUCGCCCCUGCCUGCAGCAUGUGCAACAUGAUGAAAGGCUACCGCACUCUUCGGGGCUUUGUCGAGUGCUGUCGACAUAUCGCCACGAAGCACACUGAAGGAGAGAGCUUCGGGGACUAUCCCCAACGCUUCCGCGACAACGUCUCGCGGCGGAGUCGGUCCUGCUACAUCACGCAGUCUAGCACACACACGAAGACACACUCGUUGACCAACGAGCAGUUCAACGCGAUAGUGUCUCAACGGUGCUAUUACUGCCACAAGGAGCCGCGGAAGCCCAAGACCAACGGCCCAGAGGACCGCGGCCACUUCAACGGACUGGACCGCCUGGACUCGACCAACCGGGUCUACGCCUGUGACACCACGGUCGCUGCCUGCGGGGACUGCAACAUCAUGAAGUACCGCUGGGAUUUGGAGGAGUUUCUGGAGCACUGCCGCAAGGUCGCGCGCAACUACCAGGGGAAGGAACUCGAGGAGCCUGAGGCGGAAGUCGAGGAAAGCGAUGAGGCAGAACAGGCCGAGGCGGAGGACGCGGAGGAAGCGGAGGAGCUCUGUCCCGACGUCGUCGACCUGGAGCAAGCCGAGAGCUGUCCUCCAGAGGGCGAAGUGGCGACGCCGGUGGUGCUGAUUAAUUUGUUGCAGAUGCCGCAAGCUAUUCGAAGGAUACCCUGCGUGGUCGCCGAGCCUUGCUUCUGCGUCCUGACAUUGGGGGGAUACACGGACGAGGUCCAGCGCAGACGAAAUGACCUCGAGCAGAAGAUGGCGGAGGACUUCGCGCGGCUCAAGGCCUGGCGAGCCCAGUCCGGCACCGAAGGAAAGGGCUUGGUCGAGGAGUUAGAGGCCCUUUAUGGCCGCGUGCGGCAGCAGGAGAAAGAGAUCAAAGCGAAGCAGAAGAUGAUUGAAGAAGAGCAAGCCAAGGUGGCCGAGCUCAACGAGGCGGUGGCGCUGCGAGAGCGGAAGUGGAACUCCCUGGCGGAGGCGUGGAGCUGA